AUGAAAAGACACACAGGUUAAAAGUACAUACGAUAAUUGUUGUCCUAGUAAAACAAUAAUUUCCAGGCUAGCAAGAUCAGAUGUGUUGUGCAUAGGAGAGAAAGAAAGAUGCCGGCGGUUUGGUUAUCUUUGAAGAAAUCUUUGCAGUGCAGAUCAGAGCCGGCGGAGGUGCAUGAUCCGAGCAAAAAGGUUUCGACGGGUACGAGGAGGAAGACGGCGACGGUUAGGUCUGGGUGUUCGAGGUCCAUUGCGAAUCUAAGAGAUGUGGUGAUUAAUGGGAGCCGGAGGUACAAUAAUGGGGAGACGCCAUAUUUGCAGAGCCCGAGAUCUAUUGGGAGUAAUGAGCUCUUGAAUCCGAUUACCCACGAGGUGGUUCUCAAUAACUCCACCUGUGAACUCAAGAUUACGAGCUAUUCUUUUCAGGACGGCGGUGGCGGCGGCGCCGGAGGCGGCGGCGGAGGUGGUGGCUGGCCGUUUGUGCAGUGUACUCUUAAGCCGGGGACUCCUGGCCCUGGGAGAGUACAGUACAGGAAGCCUGGAGGGGGAGGGGUAGGUAGUCCUACAGUUAAAGGGUCAAGUGGUAGCCUUUCAAGAAGAGUAGGGGCUGGGUUUAGUGGCAUUGUUCCUAGGCCUAAAGCCAGUAAUGGCGGCCCAGAAUUCUAUGGCUUUAAGGAAUUGAGCUGCCCUAAAUGUGGUGAACACUUCUCAAAAUGGGAUGCUGUUGAAUCACACCAUCUCUCCAAACAUGCAGUUACACAGCUUGUAGAAGGAGAUUCUUCAAGGAGCAUUGUGGAGAUGAUCUGCAGAACUAGCUGGACAUCAUCAAAGCCAGAUAAGAACAACAACACUUGUAAUAAUAAUGGGAUGGAGAGGAUCUUGAAGGUGCACAAUAUGCAGAAAACGCUGGCAAGGUUCGAGGAAUAUCGCGAGACCGUGAAGAUCAAAGCCAGCAAACUAGCCAAGAAACACGCGCGCUGUCUGGCGGACGGGAACGAGCUACUAAGGUUCCACGGCACCACAGUGGAGUGUUCCCUGGGCAAGAACGGCUCCUCCAGCCUCUGCAACUCCGAGAAGUGCCAAGUUUGCCAGAUUCUGAGGCACGGGUUCAGAGUGAAGAAGGGUGGGGUUGGGGUUUUCACGGCCUCGACGAGCAGGAGAGCGCUUGAAGCCAUUGAAAUGAAGGGUGGAAUGAAGAGAGCUCUGAUAGUUUGCAGAGUUAUUGCUGGGAGAGUGCAUAAGCCGGUGGAGAAUUUGCAGGAAUUGAGUGGGUUUGAUUCGUUAGCUGGGAAAUUUGGCCUCCAUUCGAGUGUUGAAGAGCUCUUUUUGCUCAAUCCUAAAGCUUUGCUCCCUUGCUUUGUGGUAAUCUGCAGAGGGUAAAAGUGGAUGAUUGUUACUGGUUCUGUAAUUUGGAUGUUUUUGUGAAAAUUAGGAAUGGCAUGGGGUUAUGGUUUUGACAGUCUUCUUGGUCAAAAAAAACUGUCAAAACAAUAACGCCAUUAUUUUUAAAAAAAAUUUGAAUAGGACAUUCACUUUUACAUAUGUCCAUAUUCUCAUCUGGGUAGUUCAGGUGACAAAUGAGCUUUUUUCGUGGA